AUGUUGAUUUAUCGAGAAGAAAUCGAUGGAUUACGAGCUGUUGCCGUUCUCCCAGUUAUUUUAUAUCAUUCUGGCAUUACCACAUUAUUUGCUGGAGGAUAUAUAGGUGUUGAUAUAUUUUUUGUGAUAAGUGGUUAUCUAAUUACAUCCGUUAUCGAAAAAGAACGCGAAGAUGAAACGUUUUCAAUUGUUCAUUUUUAUGAACGACGAUGUCGUCGCAUUCUUCCAGCACUAUUUUUCAUAUUAUUUAUCACUAGUAUUUUUGCUUAUUAUUGGAUGCUACCUGAACAAUUGAACGAAUUCGGACAAACUUUAAUAUCAAUUAUUAGUCUUUCAUCAAAUCUAUUUUUUUGGUGGAAAGAUGAUGGCUAUUUUACACAGUUAACUGAAUUAAAUCCGCUUGUUCAUACAUGGAGUUUAGCGGUAGAAGAACAAUUUUAUUUCGUAUUUCCAUUAAUAUGUUAUUCUUCUGGCAAGAGAAAAUGUUGUCUUAUUAUAAUUCUGAUAUCUUUUGCCAUAUUCAGUUUUUUUCUUGCUCAAUAG